AUGGCCCUCCCAAGAAACCUACAGGAUACGUUUUCUUUGCAAGAAGUGCAAUUUUUGGUAGAGAAUGAACCCAUCAAGAUAAUGCCCAGGAUCACCACCAAGCCGAUCCGGCGUAAAGCGGCGUCAACUCCGUCCGCCGGGUCGUCGGUGCGCUGGAAACUCAUAACCACGGACGAUCACAAUGUCAACAACAUGGUGGCGAUGAGUAGUACAGAGGUGUCGCUGUGGCUGGCGCUGCUGCUUAAACAGCAGGGUAAGUGCAGUAUUGUGGCGCCCGCGUGGCUGACGAUCAAACAACUGGAUAGCUUCAUUGAGUUUGAGCUUCAGAACACUUCGAGGUUCGCCAACCUGCCGUGGAACUGGCUCAUCAUCGCACACCUACUGUUUCAGAAAGCUGCCGAUGACUUCAGAGACCCUGUGCACAUACUACGGGCCAAAAUCCAGGACCUACGAGAAGCAAGGCUGGGCAAGAUUGCAAAGGGUCUGCAGCAUCUGAAUGAGUCCCAUCUGCAGCUAGACAACCUGUCUCUGUCGGAAAUCAACGAAAUGAGGCCGUUCGCGGUAGGUGUGAUGGACAAGUUGCGGGACAUCCACGCGGCAGCGGCGGACAGAGAGCAAUACGCAAACAAUAUAUAA